AAGAUGCUUGACAAAAAAUUGAAGAAGAGUUUUUGCAAUUAUUACAUUUUCCAAACACUAUAGGGGCAAUAGAUGGAAAGCACAUUUAUAUUCAAAACCCUCCCAAUUCUGGAUCAUACUUUUUCAACUACAAGGGUCGAUUCAGCAUUGUACUUUUAGCAAUGGUAGAUGCAAAAGGAAAUUUUUUAUAUGUCGAUGUGGGAUGCAAUGGUAGAAUAUCUGAUGGAGGUAUUUUAAAGAACUCAUCAUUAUUCAGAGCAUUGCAUGACAAAACUUUAAACUUACCCAAAGAAAAGCCUCUGCCAGGGAGAGUUAAACCUAUACCACAUGUGAUUAUAGGUGAUCAUGCAUUCGCUUUGUCCAGACAUGUUUUAAGAAGUUUUCCUAAAGCAAAAACUACUUCUAAAGAAAAAAUUUUCAAUUUUCGCCUUUCACACUGCAGAAAUGUGGUGGAGCGUACAUUUGGACGUUUAGUCUCAAGAUUUAAAAUUUUCAAUCAACCGAUCGACUUAAAAUUAGAAAAUAUUGAAAACAUUGUAUUGGCUACUUGUGUUUUACACAAUUUUUUGAAUUCCCACGAUUCGUCUAUUGGAGCCAUAAAUUCUUGUAAUGAAAACAACUCAUUAAGCAAUAUUUCUCUACAAGGAAGCAACCGUAGCUCACAGGAAGCAAGUGAAAUUAAAAGUGAAUUUGCAGAUUACUUCAUGAAUGAAGGAGCUGUUGACUUUCAAUGGCACAUAUUGUCUUGAAUUUAGAGUUGGAAAUUAAAACUAAAAAUUUAAAAUUUAUUUAAAAUUUAUUUAAAAUUUUGUAAUAAAAAACUAAAUGUUUUAAUUUUGUUUUUUUAUGUAAGUUGUCUUUAGAAUUGUAUAGAUAUACACAUGUACAGGCACGGUUAACAAUACAUAUUAUAAAUUCUAUCAGAGAAUCAUGAGUGUUUGUAAUGUUUAAACUAGCAAUAAAAAAUCAUUUGAAAAAAGGAAGACUUACAUUUGAUACACUAGCUCUUGGCGUUAUGCAAUCUUUUAAGAAAAGCAUUUCAUCAUACCAAUAAAUCUGUGGAACAUAAAUGUCUUCUACGCCAGCUCCACUUCUUUUAGAAUCUUCACACUAAAACCAAAUAACGUGUACACAAAAGCGUGGACAAAAAAGCACAUAAAAUUAUAAUAUACCU